AUGUCAAGGAACCAGCUCAUAGCUAAAUAUGCCAAGGAAAGUAACUGCACACCGCCAUCUACAGUGCAGGCUGGGGAUAUUGCAGGAGCUGGGAGGCAGGAGAGCGGGUGUUCACAACCAAAAAUGCCCCAGGUUCUCCUUUUCUGGCAGCAGCGUCUGUUGGUGCAGGGCAUGCGUUGCAGAAGGGCCGUUAUGACACAGAAUGUGCAUGACUGUCGGGUGAGGAGUGAGAAUGAACACAGAGUUUGGAGAGUAAUUAUUUCUCUGAACGGUGUUUGGAGUAUUAAGGACAUAUUUGAGAAUGGCCAGGUGAAACGAUGCAGGAGGGCAGGAGGGGCGCACAUCCCAUUUCUGGUGGGAGAGCUCCCGCAGGGACAGCAGGCUGCAGGCAUCACAGCAGCCCAGUUUGCGCAGUGUGUUGCGAGAGCACUGUGUCGGGUCCCGGCUGCUGGUGGAAGUGGCUAUUUCAGACACCAGCACUCUCUUCCUCCCCGCUCCUGCCCUGUCUUUGGCUCUCUGCAGGUACCUCUUGCCUCACCUCGCCUCCCUGCCAGCAGCUGCUACUGCCCACCGUUUGCCUUUUCUAGGAGCCGAGUUGGGAUGGUCUACAUUGACUGCAGAAGGGAGUCUUGGACCACCCCCAAGUCCAAAUUGUCCAUACAACAAGGCUAUGUGCUGGUUUUGGCUGGGAUAGAGUUAGCUUUCUUCAUGGUACCUGAGAGUCGAAUGAUUCUGGAUGCCUUUGCCCAACAAUGCAGCCGGGUUCUAAGUCUCUUAAAUUGUGGUGGAAAACUACUGGACAACAAUCACUCUCAGUCCAUGAUUUCCUGUAUAAAGCAGGAAAACCCAAAUUAUAGUGAAAGACAAGAGCAAUGUCAGCUUGGGAAAAUGGUCCAUAGUCAGACAUCAGACAUUUUAGACAUAGAGAUGCAGUAUAUGCAAAAGAAACAACAAACCUCAGCCUUUCUGAGAGUUUUUACCGAUUCCCUUCAGAACUAUUUGCUUUCUGGGAGCUUCCCUUCUCAGAACACCUCAUCAGUAAAUGAUUUUAGCCAUUUGGCAGAUGUGGAUCCACUUUCAACUUCUCCAGUACAUACUUUAGGUGGAUGGACAUCUCCAGCAACAUCUGAAUCUCAUGGUCACCCAUCGUCUUCUACACUUCCAGAGGAGGAAGAGGAGGAAGAGGAAGAAGGUUACUGCCCUCGGUGUCAAGAGCUAGAGCAGGAGGUAAUUUCAUUGCAACAAGAAAACGAGGAACUUCGUAGAAAAUUGGAGAGCAUUCCAGUGCCCUGCCAGACUGUUUUAGAUUAUUUGAAGACUGUUCUUCAGCAUCACAACCAGCUUAUGGUACCACAGCCAACAGACCAUCCGACUGAGGGGAGCAAGCAGUUGCUGAACAACUACCCUGUCUACAUCACUAGUAAACAGUGGGAUGAGGCUGUAAAUUCUUCCAAGAAAGAUGGACGACGGCUCCUUCGCUAUCUCAUCAGAUUUGUUUUCACAACCGAUGAGCUUAAGUACUCAUGCGGCCUUGGAAAAAGGAAAAGGUCAGUGCAGUCAGGAGAGACAGGUCCUGAAAGACGUCCUCUGGAUCCAGUAAAAGUAACAUGUCUCAGAGAGUUCAUUAGGAUGCAUUGUACUUCCAACCCAGACUGGUGGAUGCCAUCCGAAGAGCAAAUAAACAAGGUAUUCAGCGACGCAGUAGGACAUGCUCGGCAAGGGCGUGCGGUGGGGACUUUCCUUCACAACGGGAACUCGUAUUACGAAGGGACUGACCAUCCAGGAUCACAGGAUGAAGUCUUCAAUAGAGGUAUGCAGGACGGAUCUGGCGAUUGAUGGCAGUGAGAAGAACCUCAUAAAACAGUAGCAGCCACUUAAUUUAGGAGAGACUGUUUGUUAAACAUACUUACCCUGCUGUCAUUUAAGAGUCCAAAGCAUGUUUGAACACAUACUGCAUACAUUUCAGCUUCUCCAUCCUACCAUGUCCCAGUUAACAAAAAGAAAUCCAUUUCCAGACCUGCUCUAUGGGACUUCUCAGUGCCUAUUAUUUGCAAAUCCUUCAUAGCACCCUCAAAGGGAAAUUGCAGUUCAUUUCAUCUAGUUCUAGAGGAAAGGUCAUUUAAAAACUAUAAAAAUGUCAGAAGAAACAGCAGCUACUCUCUCCUCUGCCUAGUGAUAACAAGCCUAGGUCUGGACCCAAAACAGCUGGGUACUAUUUGCUCUCCCUGAGUGGGAGAUGUAAGAACAAGUCUGCACACUUAUAACAAAAAAAGAAGUGGUCUCCCAUUUCCAAACAGAAAAUAACAUAAUUAUAAAUGCUACCUUAAAAUA